AUGGGUGUAUUUUGGACCGGCCUGAAGUAUGUUUUCACGGAUUUUUCGUGUUGGACAUCAACUCAUGGAGUUCCACAUAUUGGAAUGGCAAAUGCUCGAUGGUUGAGAGCAUUCUGGAUACUUGUCGUCGUUGUUUCCAUUGCACUUUUUAUUUGGCAAUUCAUCACGUUGCUUACCAACUAUUUAUCAUUCAGUGUGAAUACGGAAACUACGCUGCAAUUUGCCGAACGGACAUUUCCCACCGUCACGAUUUGUCAUUUAAAUCCAUGGAAACUAUCAGAAACGAAAAGUGUGGACCCGGAUAUGAGUGCACUGAUCGACGCCUACAACUCUGAUUCAAGCUCUGCUCAAUUUGGACUCCCAGCUUCUUUGACAGCUGAUAGGCAGCAACAAGCUAGUAAAUGGACUCUCAUGUAUUCUGAAAGACUUAACGAAAAACAGUAUAAUGAUGCGGCAGACAUUGCAUAUUCAUAUGAUGACAUGGUUGUUAGUUGCACGUAUAAUGCAAAAACAUGCAACAUUACUGACUUUAACGAUUUUUACAACCCGUCAUACGGAAAUUGUCUGCAAUUUAACACUGAUGGAAUGUAUUCUUCUUCCCGCGCGGGACCACUUUAUGGUCUUCGUAUGGUGAUGAGAACAGAUCAAGAUACAUAUCUUCCAUGGACUGAAGCUUCAGGCGUUAUCAUUGAUAUUCAUAUGCAGGAUGAAAUACCGUAUCCUGAUGUAUUCGGUUACUUUGCACCGCCGGGAACUGCUUCCUCUCUUGGUGUUAGUUAUGUUCAAACUACUCGUCUUAGUAAACCUUACGGUAGCUGCACAACCAAAACAAAACUAAAAACUACUCAUUAUACUGGAACAUACACUGUUGAAGCAUGUUUUAGAAGUUGUAUGCAGGAAAAGAUUAUUGCAUCGUGUGGAUGUUACUAUCCUGCUUAUUCCCAUGCAUCAAAUACAACACAGUAUGUAUCAUGUGAUAACGGUGUACAGACACUUUCUAAUUUAAACUGUGUUGACUUGAUCAAUAGUGCCGAUUCAACGGAAUUCGAUGUGCUCACCGAUUGUGAUUGCCCUCAACCUUGCGAAAUCGAUUCAUAUGGUGUAACUGUAUCCACUGCUCAAUGGCCAUCCGAUUCAUAUGUGCCAACAGAAUGCAAUCCUGGUGGUCCAUCUGGUCCGUGGGAUGCUUCAGGAGAAUCGUGUCUUGAUUGGUAUAAAGCAAACACCAUUCUCAUUGAAAUAUAUUAUGAACGAAUGAACUUCCAAGUUCUUACAGAGUCACCAGCGUAUACGUUUGUAAACUUCAUUUCUGAUGUUGGCGGUCAAGUUGGUUUGUUCCUUGGAAUGAGUAUUAUAUCUGCAAUCGAAUAUCUUGUUUUGAUAUUUCUUGUCUUUUUCUAUUGUUGUACUCAUAAAUCUAGAAGAGCAGAAAUUGAACAACUUGAAAUGGACAUCAAAAAGGCUAAGGAUGAUGUGGAUCAAGUUGCAGAGAAGCGGAAGAAACAUCAAAAAGCAAAUGCAGAACUUUACGAAAUGGAUACAGCUCAUGAUAUUGUUCCACCAAAGCCUCAUUCUAAUGAUUGAUAUUCUGCCGAUUUUGGGAAACGUUGAAUAAAAGAUU